AUGAGGUUCUUCACGGCCACAGUGCUUGGGCUGCUGGCACCCAGCCUGGCUGCCGCGACCAACCUGACGACCCUGUCUCGAUUGACCCUCCCAUCCGACUUCAAGCCUGCGCAGGUUUUCAAGAAUACCAAUCUGGUUCGGAACAUCAAUCUGGAAAAGAGCUACGUUCGGGAGACAGUCAAUGUCGUUGUGGAGAAUGUCGACACGCAGCCGCAGAGCGACUACUACAUUCCUUUCCCUGCGGAUGUCAUCGACCGCGUUGGUGGGUUCGAAGUGAGAGACAAGAAGGCGACUGGGAAAGGCCGAUUCGAGGUGUCUGCUGUUGAAGUCAUUUCUUCCGGCAACCAGUACUUCCUCGUCCACUUCCCUGAGCCUCUGGCCCCGAAAUCACAGAUCACCCUUGGAAUCUCCUACUCCGUGUUGUCCUCUCUGAGCCCGCUCCCAGCGACUAUCGGGCAGAAUGACAAGCAGUACCUCACCCACAGCUUCUCCGCGUACAUCCUGUCCGCUUAUCAGACCAUCACUCAGAAGACAAAGUUGAAGUUCCCCACCACCGACGUGCCUGACUACACCACAACCGACGGGCUCAAGUCUGGCGCGGACCCGGAGCGCAAGGGCGCUACAUACACAUACGGACCGUACGACACGGCCAAGGUGGCCCUCGGCACCGAGUACCCCAUCACGGUGCGCUAUGAGUUCACCAAUCCGGUGAUAUCUAUUAGCCUCCUGGAGCGUGAUCUGGAAGUGUCGCAAUGGGGUGGAAACCUGGCCACCGAGGAGCGGUACUGGCUGCGCAACAACGCCUCGCAGCUGACUAACCAGUUCUCGCGUGUUGAGUGGACAUUUUCUUCCUAUCAGAAGGCCCCAACCUCUGCCCUGCGUGAGCUCACUUAUCCGCUGCUGCCUGGCUCUGUCGAUGCGUACUUCGUUGAUGACAUCGGUAACGUCUCGACCAGCCGUUAUCGCCCCGGUACUGCUAAGACUGGUGCCAACCUCGAGCUGAAGCCCCGCUACCCGAUCUUCGGUGGCUGGAACUACAGCUUCAAGGUGGGUUGGAGCAACGACCUGAGUGCCUUCCUCCGUAAGGUCGCGGGUACCGACUCCUAUGUCCUCAAGGUGCCUUUCUUCCAAGGUCCCAAGAUGGCGGAAGGUAUUCAGUAUGAGCGUGUGGUCGUGCGCGUGAUCCUGCCCGAGGGUGCGCACAAUGUCCGCUUCGAGACCGUUGAGGGCGCUUCCAGCAACGGUCUCCCUGGCGCGAACCACAUUCAUGCCAGCCUAUCCUCCCUCAAGACGUACAUGGACACCCUUGGCCGGACAACUUUGACCCUGGAGGUUAACAGUCUGACCGAUGAGGCGCGUGAUGCGCAGCUGGUGGUUACCUAUGACCACACCUUGAUAGAUAUCCUACGCAAGCCGCUCACCAUGUUCGCUGGCCUUCUGACCGUCUUUGUUGGUAUCUGGUUCAUUGGCAACAUCGAUGUCAGCAUCAAGAAGCGAUAA